AUGUCGUCCGCGGCUGAUCCCUCCCCUGCCUAUACUUCUGGCGGGGCGGAUACUUCGCCAUCGACUUCUGAGUCUAUUUCGGCAACAAAGACCGGCACAGCGGGGGUCUCUGGACAACUGGGAACUGGUGGGGGUGGGACCUCUAGCACCGGUGAUGACGACCAGGGUCCCCCAGUCGCGUUCAACUCGACUGUCAAGUUUACUGUGAACUCGACCUCGGCCAUGGUUGACCUCGACAACGCGUCACCUUUCCGAUAUGACCCCGAUACUGGCGCGCGCUCUAACCCUGCGGCGUCGCGCAGUGGAACGUGGCUCGCCUGGUUCGUCGGCACCGCGUACUCAAUCAACGGCAAGGCUGCGUUCCGGCCUGGCAUGCCUGACCAAUAUGUUUCCACGAUUGGUAGAACCACUAUCGGCUACACCUCGCAAACGGAGACCACCUACUUCAAGAACGUCUCGCUUGAGGACGGAGGCAGCUUAGGAGCCAUCGGCGGCCUUGAUCUGUGCGCAUACAAGGUCGAGAAUCCCUACUCGCCUGGGGCAGACCUCACAUUCUACAACAUGACUUUCGACAUUCCGGUGACGACACAGGCUCUUCAGAGUCAGGCCAGCACAAUAACCGUCGCGCAGGGUCAGAACCUGAACCCUCAGCUGGAUUGCGAGCCCUGCUCCGUGCUGAACGACCUCAGAGAGAUGAACUCGUUGCGUAAGCCGAUUCCGAACAUCACGUUCGAGCGACCGCUCUUCGGACCAAAAUACAAGGUGAUCGAGAACAGCCACGUACUGCUCCUCAACAGCACCGAGCUAGUGUACAAGCUGCCAGAGAACACGUCACUUGUCGAAGUGCUGGGGCCCGUUGGCACACAUCCGGAAUGGGUCGGCUUCACUUCCGAGACACUUUUCGACUCUGGAUCCUCCAUCGUCGCCUACCCUGAAGGUGCCGGAUCGAAUGCGUCGGCUCCCUUCAAUGCUACCUUCGUUUUCGAGGUACCCCCGACUUCGCCGAUGAUCGAUUUGGAGCUGGCCGAAAUUUAUAGUCUAAAUCGAGGAAAUGAAGGUUGGAGUGGGAUCGGCAACACCACAUUGGCAUUGAACUUUGUGGGUACCGACUACAUUCUCAACGGGAAGGUCGCCAGUUUGAAAGAUCGGCCCCUUGUUGGAGGUGACUACCUGGUUAGAAACGAGAUCUACGAAGGAGUUCCGUGGAGGUACGGGGACCAGCCGCCGCGCUUCUACAACACUAUGGAAGCGGCGGAUAACUUGGGGUCCAUGACGGACCUCCAGCCCCGUGCCUACGUCGCUAUGAUGAACUCUGGAAGGACCGCCGAUGUCAUAUUUUACAACGCUACACUCAAAGCCCAGACUGCGUUUCUGAGCGCUGCAACGGAUACUGGACCAAGCCCCGAGCUCGAGAUCAGCACCUGCUCUAUAUAUCAGGAGUUGGGGGACAUGUUCAUUGCAAAACAACAGACACUUCUGACUUUUGCGGGUCCAGAGCAACAGCCGCAGCACUCCGUGGUCGAGGGUCACUUACUCCUUUCUGUCAACGCAGAAGCUUCCUACAAGCUGCCCUCCAAUACCUCUGUGGUGGAGGUGCUUGGGCCGGUUGGCGCGAAUGAGGCAUGGACUGGACGCGGCCAGUGCUACGUGACUCUGGACCCAAAGCCAUGGUGGUGGACUCACAACGGUAUACCAUACUCGACCGCCCGGAAACAGUUCCUACGUUAUAACCUGUCUAACCAAACGAUGUUCUUGCUGCCAUUGUCACCCACAGCGCAGUACACGCUGCGAAUCGGCAAUCUAGGCGAGAACACCACCUGUGCCUUCAACGGAAUCCGGUCCUAUCCGUUCCAUUUCGACUACAACUACAAGGCUCCUGAGGAGCACGCUGCAGAUACAGGCAGCUCCGGGUCCAGCGCGCCUGCCAAUGACCCUUCUGUCAGGGUGAAUCGGACGCCAAUCAUCGUGGGCACCGUCGUAGGAGUAAUAGGGGGCCUCGCAGCGCUAGGGCUCCUGUGUUGGCUGUGGUGGCGGCGAAGCCAGAGGCAGGCUCAAAGGGAGGCAUCACUGCAGCCGCGUUCCUACACGCUGGGUCCUAGCAGUGGAGUGGAGGAGUUGCCCAAAGGUGGUCUCGGGGAGCCUUCAAACGACGGUCAGCAUAGUCCUGACACUCCUCCUAUAUCGGCAGCCCAGCUUCAUCAAGGGACCUCCGCUUCCGGGCAAGCUGCGGCGGAGGGCCAUCUACCCCAGCGACGGAUCUUGCAGGAGGAGGAUGCGGAAGAUGUGGUGGAGAUCCUACCGCCCCGUUACCGACAGCGUGACUAUCCCGAGCCCGGGCUAUCCGUGCCACCCACACCGGAAGAGAGCCCUGGGCUGCUUGUCUCCAGCUCAAGCGAUUCGGGGCAGGAGACGGACGACCGUACCGCACGGGCUUGGCGCCCUCCUCUGAAGACCGCGUAUGAGCGAGCGUUCAUUUCCCUGCCGCGGACGAUUCCAGCUGGACCACGCCCACUCGGAGAUAUCAAGCGCAUUGCAAGCGUGGACUUGCCAGGCGACGCCGUUGCGGCUGUUGAAGCACACCCGGGAGCGCUCCGCAUGGAGUACAAACGAGCUUUCGGCUCCGACUCGACGAGGAAUCAUCUUCCCAACAGGCCCUCGACUGCUUCAGAGGAGCAAUGUGGUAAGAGCGGCUUUAAACAGGAUGACCUCUCUUCCAGGACCUCAGAGACAUCCAGUGGGAGGUGA